GCUCUGGGGUGCGCCGGGCGCGCGGCGGGCCUCGGGGCGCUCGGGCAGGGCCGGAGCGUGACGCCGCGGGAUGGACGCAGCCGGGGCGCCGAGGCGGGACGCGCGGGGUGGCGCGGGGAGCCCGCCCCGCCGGCACAGGAGCCCGCCGCAGAGGCAGGUCUACAUGGACUACAACGCCACCACGCCCCUGGAGCCCGAGGUCAUGCAGGCGGUGCAGGCGGCCAUGCGGGAGGCCUGGGGGAACCCCAGCAGCACGUACCCAGCAGGGAGAAAGGCCAAGGAUAUCAUAAGGGCAGCUCGGGAGAACUUGGCGAAGAUGAUCAGCGGAGAACCUCAAGACAUAAUCUUCACGUCUGGAGGCACCGAGUCAAAUAAUUUAGUAAUCCAUUCUGUGGUGAAACACUUCCAAGAAAACCAAACCUCCAGAGAGGACAAGACUGAGCAUCACAAGCCCCAUUUUAUCACCUCCACCGUGGAGCAUGAUUCUGUCCGGCUGACCCUGGAGCACCUGGUGAAGGAGGACGUGGCCGCUGUCACCUUUGUCUCAGUGUCCGAGGUGAGUGGGCAGGUAGAAGUGGACGAUGUCCUGGCGGCGGUGCGCCCCGCCACGUGCCUGGUGACCGUCAUGCUGGCCAACAACGAGACGGGCGUGAUCAUGCCCGUCCCUGCCAUCAGCCAGCACGUCAAGGCCUUGAACCAGAGGCGGGCGGCGUCGGGGCUGCCCCCCGUCCUGGUGCACACGGAUGCCGCGCAGGCCCUGGGCAAGAGACGUGUGGACGUGGAGGACCUGGGCGUGGACUUCCUCACCAUCGUGGGGCACAAGUUCUAUGGCCCCAGGAUUGGAGCACUUUACGUGCGAGGGCUGGGUGAACUCACCCCUCUGCACCCCAUGCUGUUUGGAGGUGGGCAAGAGCGGCACUUCAGGCCCGGGACAGAGAACACGCCGAUGAUUGCCGGCCUCGGGAAGGCCGCCGAGCUGGUGAGCGAGAACUGCGAGGCUUACGAGGCCCACAUGGAGGCCGUGCGGGACCACCUGGAGGAGAGGCUGGUGGCUGAAUUUGGUGAGAAGAGAAUCCACUGGAAUAGCCGGUUUCCAGGGACUGAGCGACUUCCCAACACCUGUAACUUCUCCUUCCGGGGACCCCAGCUCCAAGGCCGCCUGGUGCUCGCGCAGUGCCAGACACUGCUGGCCAGUGUGGGAGCCGCCUGCCACUCGGGCCAUGAGGACCGGCCGUCCCCGGUGCUGCUGAGCUGCGGCAUCCCACACGACAUGGCCAGGAAUGCCCUCCGGCUCAGUGUGGGCCGCGGCACCACCAUGGCCGACGUGGACCGCGUCGUGGAGGACCUGAAGCAGGCCGUGGCCCGGCUGGAGGCCAGCCCCGGCCCCGACGGCCCCCUGCCCGCGGACACAUAGGCCACGAGCGCCUGAGCCCAGCUUAUCCAGAAGAUAAGCCCGGGUUUUUAUAAUCUAUUGUCAGUUAAUGGCUGUCACGAAAUAGGAAACUUGAAAUAGGAAACGUGAUUCGGGGCUUUGCCUGGAUCGUGCUGCUUGGCCUCUAGUGGCCCCCCAUGCGCAGAGCCCCUGCCCUCCCCCCGCCCCCCACGGAGCCCAGACCGCUGCCCCCUCAGCCCUGGUCUCUGCCCAUCCAGGGCCGGCAGCGCCCCCUCCCGCCGCAGACCCCCGGCCCACCCUUCCUGUCUCAGGGCUGCAGCACAGAUGCCCGCCGAGGCCCCAUGGGAUUCUGGCCCAUUCUGAGGUAGGAAAUCAGUUCACCUCCCACUCAGCAUCCAUCUUGAUUUUAUUCACAAAAGGAAUCUUACUUUCACAUGUUUUGGGCACUCUGAUACGCACCAAAUAAUCUGUGCUGAAGAGACAUUUGCACAGGAUUGAUUUUUAAUUAACAUUUUUAAUGUGUGGUUUGAAACUCUGAAGAACUACAUGAUAUCUUGAGGAAUCAAUUGCCAGGAAAUAAUAAACUAUUUCCAUGCUGGUGUUUAA